GCAGGGUAGGCGGUGCGGAGGACCCGGUUGGGGCGCCUGCGCCGGGCGGGGGCGAAGCAGAACCCCCUUAGAGGCGGGGCGGUUUCCUGCCAAUCACCGUUUGUUGGCCCUCCCCAUCCCCCAACCUGGCGGUGGCCCGGCUGCUUCCGAGUGGGGGAGGUCGGGGAAGGGGCGAUAAAAUGGCGCAGGGGGUGGAGUGAGGCACAGUCGUUCGCCCAGGCCUCGGCCCGGCUUCCGGAGGAAGGUGGGCGUCAAUCAUUUUGACAAGUCUCCUGAAAAGAACAGCUAACAGGAGCUGAAACCUUUUUCCAUUUGGUCUCGUGGCAAAGGCAGAGAUUGCUGCAGCAGCUCCACACAAGAUGACAUGCUCACUAGUGCCCUCUGAACAGUCUUCUGGUACCUGUCUCUUGCCUAAAAACAAUGCCCCAUUUUCAUGGGGUUCCUUGGAUGAAGAUGAAUUGGAUGACUCCUUGCUGGAGCUUUCUGAAGGAGAAGAAGAUGAUGGCCAUUUCAGUUACACAGAGGAAGAGAUUCAGGAGCUCUUGAAGGAUGAUGACCCAUCAACUGAGCACUUUUCUUGGGGAAGGGAAUUGCUUAAUGAUGACAGUGGACAUGUUGAGAAGGGAGGGAGAGAGAAUCAAAUUCUACUUGAUGCUUCCCAAGAGAAAAAUUCAUUGCAUAACUUGGGACCAGUAGCUGAGACCCCUGGCCUCUUGAGACUACCUCAGCUAAAUACAACAGUUGGUCAAGAGCCAGCUCCUACUAAACCAUUAAAUAGACACUUUGCACUAGAGAAGAAUCUUAUAAAAAUAACUGUUGUUGCACCAUUUAAUCCAACAGUUUAUGAUGCUGUACUUGACAAGGAUAAGACAGAUUCACCCAAAGAUAUCAAAAAACCCUCCUCCCUUGAGGAUGAUAGGAGAGAAGAUGGUCUUAGCCCAAAUGAGAGCAAACUUUGCACUGAAUCUGAAGGGAUCAACCCCACAAACUCUACCUGGGAUGAGCCCUCAUUCCAGUCUUCUUUGAACAAUAACUUGGAACAAACUGUAUGUGAUAAAAAUACGCCUGACAGUAAGAAACCUAUACCUGUAUUCUCUCAGAUAUUGGGCCAUUCAGAGAGUCCUUCUAAGACAGGGUCAUCCUGGAAAAAUGAUGGAUCACAUAAAUCAAGUUGUGAAAUGAGGUUUCCGAUUAUUUCCAGUUCAUCAGACAAACAGGCUGUUCUUGACAAGGAUUCUGGGAAGGUAAAAGUCAAUGAAAGACGACUAGGCAAAGUCAUUCCUGUUCUACAAACCAAAAGAAGGACUAAUGUUCCAACGUUUUCACAGUCAGAUCUAGAACAGCAGAAGCAGAUUUAUCUCAGGAGAGUCAUUGCUCAUAUAAAAGACCCGGUGGACUCUAAUCAAGGUCCCUUGGAGGAGCUAGAUGACUUGGUGAAUCAAGUGCAUCAUAUGCAGAACAAAAAAUGGAAGCAUCCUUCGGACCUCACCAUGCGAAACUACGCCCAGUUCCGACAGAAACCUCUGCAAAGAUACAGUCUGACUCAGUGGGUUGACAGGAACAUGCGAAGCCACCAUCGGUUCCAGCGUCUCCCAGAUUUCCCAUACAGUUCAUUUGUCUCAUCCCAUCAGCAGUGAAAGUCCUCACCCAGGGUCCUGUCCAGAGCAGCAUCUCAUUUUCUUCUGUUGUUUUGUGCUUUGUAGAUUUGGGAUUUUAUUUUUCAUAAGAUUUUUAUUUAAAGAACUUAUCACCAUUUGGAAAUGUCCAUUGCUGAGUUGAAUUUUUUUGUAUGAGUUUCCUCCUGUUUUAUGUGUGUGUGUUUUUAAGCAGUGUUAAGUUGAUAUAGUUUGGUUUUUUAAAAAUUUAAAUUGAAGAUGGCUGCCUUCUAAAAGCCAGCAUUAAGCCAAAACACGUGAUCUCAAGAAAAACAUCCACUCUGUGCAGAGGUAGAGUCUACUUCUAAUCUCCCUGCCCAAAAAUCUUCUUUCUUUCUCCUAUAAGGAAGAGAUUCCUUACUAGGCCACAAAACAGUGUCAAUUAUUGCUGAUGACUUGUGAACUGACAGAAGUCAUUUUUUACACUCCCUCUUUUUAAUUUGGAUCGCUGAAUACCUGUAUUUUAAAGCUGGCAAUCCAGGGCAUUUGAAAUACAAUGGAAUAGGACAAAAUUCCCGUUGAAAGGACAAAUUAAAAGUGUAAACCUACUCUCCUUUCUGUACCUACUAGCUGCCUUUAUUUUGUGGCUUUUUUUCAUUCUUCAUUAAAAUUAUUUUGCACAAUUAUGUUUACAAAUCUAUACAUCUUAACUAUGUCAGAAGACUGCUGACCAACUCUUGUGGUCUGUGGCUGUGUCUCCUGUGCCCUUCUUAAAUUUAGGGUUUUCUUUUUCCCCCCCAGUGAUCACCCCACUCUUUCAGCAGUAUUUCUAUAUCCUGUUAGAUACUAAUAUACUUCAUCAGAACAGCCAGCCUCUCUGCUCUCUUUACUGAAGAGCUGACCACCCAGAAUCUUGACUCUAGGACAGGCCAGAAUGUCAGUGCCAAAGAGCUGUCUGUUGGUCUUCAAUUGUUGCUGCACUUCAAAUCAGGAAGUUUUUCUGUGGGAGGGGCACUCAUUUGUCUCCAUUCUUAAUUAACAAGAGGUGCCUUUAGACCCUGGACAGUACCAUCUCCCCAUUUGGUCACGCCUCUGAUGCCCAGUUUCACAUAACUGCUAAAGUCAGUCUAAUAGAGAUACGAUUAAACCUGUAUGCAAAAAUAGUAGCUGAUAUUAAGGUUUGAUAUUCUAACUGAAGUUGACAGCCAUCUUAAUGAAUGUCUUAAUGUGCAAUCUUAAUGGAUGUCUUAAGAGCUCGCUAUUCUCUCUUUACAGACAGCUCUAGACUCCUUUUGGGGAGAUUUUGCAGUCCAGCACUUGUGCUAUUGUUCACUCUCUGUGAAGGUUUGUAUAAAGUUGCUGUAACUCAGCCUGUGAUAUUGGGCUAACGGCCUCUGCCUGGUUGUGUUGUUGCAUCGGCCCCAUCUUUGUAUGUAAGUAAUUCAUCUUAAACGUCUACCCAACUUCAGAAGCCGACUUGGGAAAAGCUUGGUUAUUCAUGCCACCAGUAAAAUUUGGAUGAAUGUUCCUAAGCCCUUACUGUUUUUAUCAAUCAGAUUCUUGUUUCCUGGGACACUUGGUUUAGAUUCUGGGGCCGAAAUGCAAAGAAGAAGUUCCAUUCCCAGGCAAGAGUCAAAAUCCAUUAUUUCAAUUGGCAUUUAUUACAGCAGUCACUUUUCCACACUGCCCUAAAUUAGCUUGAUGGAGUGAGCCAUUCCACACUUCUACCUUUGGAACUACUGCAUAGUUAAAAUUGAAUGUAGCUGGAAUAGCUAGUAUUGCAGCUGUCUACUUGUCUAUUUUCUAGUCUGAGGAGAUUCCCCAGAUAACCUGAGCAGUGAAGGGACAGCAUUUUACUUAGGUGAAAAUCUAAGCCCCAUAUCCCCAUUUUCCUGGUACAAGAUGGUUUAAGACUGAAUGUGUAAUGGCAUAUCACCUUUGUCAAAUCAAAUGAGUGACGAGAUAACUAGAAAAUGUGACAAUCACAUUUCCUCUUUUGCUCAAGUAAUUCUGUUUUUCCAAAGCUUUAGCAGCUUAAUUAAAUCUUGGGCUGGAGGAGGAGAGAAGUGUUCUCUAGCAGUUAACAUGGUAUUCUUUAAGAAGAAAAAACAAAGCCAAAGAAAUCUCAUUAUCUGGCAUGUUCCCCUUAAAGAUGGUAGUGGGGAGAAUUUGGAGUUUAAUAUCUUUUCAGAGUUAUUAUAUCCUUUAUGUUUGGGGUUGGCUUCCUUGUCUAGUAUUUCAGGUGGAAUUUUUGCUGUAUAUGUUGAGUAAGGGGUAUGUGCAUUUAACUUCCUAGCUUUCUAGAUCCAUGAUGACAUUCUCACCACAGGGUUCUUGACAAAGCAGAGUAAAAAUGUGCUGUUUACAUAGUUUACUUUCAAGUAAGGGGCCUGAAAUAACCCGUAGUUUCACAUCUAAUGCAGGACCUGAUUUCUUUGAGUUGUUGUCGGGAUCAAUUAUGAAACAAGUUUGAUGCCUCUUCUUUAUCAUGUUUUUUUUCCUUGUAGCAGUUGUAUUUAAUGUCAUUAAAAAGAAAUAAAAGUUCUUGUCAGUGGCA